CCGUCAAACUGACAAUUACAAUCGAUUUAUUUUGUAAUUAGAUAAAAUGCUUAAAUAUAGCGUGUUAAUAUUUUUUUUACUAUGUCGUAUGGCACCAUUGUACUGUCUAGAGCAAGACAGUUCAGUUAGCAUAAAAUUGUACCAUUCUUUGACUGGAGUUAAAGAGCCAAAUUUUACUGAAAGAAGUACAAUAACAAUACACAGCUUAAGGUCUGGACAAGCAAUUGUCGACCAAAAACCAUUAAGUCAGCAAGAUAAAAUUCAGCUGCAAAAAUUGGCCAUUAAUAAUGAAUUUUAUCAAAUUAAGGCUGUUGCUACUGCCGCUGAUGGCAGCAAACAGGAGUUUAUAUCCACUUUGAAGGCUUGUAUGUUGGCUGAAGCUGAAUUAGAUGAACGUCUUUCGGUUUCUUUAGAUUAUACAGGAAGAGUUAUUGGUAUUACUUCAGUUGUGGCUUCUAAAGGCACCUGUGAGGGUUCAUCAGUGCCCUUAAGUAAAUUUAAAGAUUUUACUACUAAUGUUUAUGUAAGGCACAGUGAAACCGGUCCAAUACCGGAUACUGCUACAUAUAUUCAAAAAUUGGAAAGGGAAAGGGAGGCCAGGGAACGUGGAGAUACCAAAGAUAAUAGAUCGUUUAUUGCCAAAUAUUGGAUGUAUAUUGUACCAGUUGUUAUAGUAAUGCUGAUAUCAUCAGCAUCAAACCCAGAAGCUGGAGGUGGAAAUUAAAUACAAUUUUGUUUAGUUUAUUUAUUACUCCAAUAAAAAUUACACCUAAAUCUAUUCAUUUGGUUGCUCUACUUUUGUUUUGGGUUCAUCUUUCUUUUUUAACAGUUUACCAAGCAUUUGUUCUUGCUUCUCUUUUUUUCUGGCUUCUUUCAUCUGUUUCUUCUGCUCUUUCUCCUUCUUUUCCAACAUUUCUUUGAAUUUUUCAUCUCUUGGGUCUACUGUGUAACCAAAGUGCCUUCUGACUUCCUCCACUAACCGUUCUUUGCGAUCCUAUAAAAAAAAAUUAAUAAAAUAAAAAUCUAUGAAAAAAAAAUGUUACCUUUGCGGCAUUGGCUUCUGCUUCCUUCUUUGCUAUCCUAUUGGCCAAAUCCUUCUUCAAAUCAUCUAAUUUAGCAAUUUUCUGAACAAUUGAUUCCUGCCUUGCCAAAACAGCUUCAUUUUCCUGUUUCCUCUUCUCCCUUGCAGCUGCAGCAACUUCCAAAAUUUUGUAGGGAUACUUAACUUUUUCAUACUCCAUCGUUUCUGAAAGCUCUUUUUCUGUGGGCCAGCAUAUAGCAGGGUCUAUGCCUGACUCGCUGCCGUACCUACCGUACGUUCGUCUAAGGUAUUUCAAUGUUCCAUGGUGCCAAUUUGUCGGUUCACUGUAAGGAUUUUGUUCGUGUAACAUAUUAAAGUCAGCUGUCUUCAGCCGGGAUUUGUUUCUUUUCCUUUGAAUUUCUUCUUCUCUCAGUGCAGCCUCUUCAUCAAAGACUAAAAUUACAUUAAUGUUGGUCUGAAUAUAGAGUGCAAUAAUAUUAAUUUACCAUCAGGAGUCAAUGAAUCUUCCUCCAAUUUUUUUAUGUUGAGUUCUGAUAGGUUACUUUGUUUGGCGGUUAUGAUUCUAAAGGGGUAAUUAAUCACCCUUCUUAUUAAGUCGUUCCUAAUCAUUUUUAUCAGCUAUACCCCACAGAAACUAAUAAAUUUACAAGAAAUAAAUAGGUUAUUAUUUUAGGUUAA